AUGGCCACGGCGGCUUCUAACCCGUACCUCCCCGGGAACAGCCUCCUGUCGGCCGGCUCCAUCGUGCACUCGGACGCCUCGGGCGGUGGGGGCGGCGGCGGGGGCGGGGGCGGCGGCGGGGGCGGCGGCGGAGGCAUGCAGCCCGGGAGCGCCGCCGUGACCUCGGGCGGCUACCGGGGGGACCCAUCCUCCGUCAAGAUGGUCCAGAGUGACUUCAUGCAAGGGGCCAUGGCCGCCAGCAACGGCGGCCAUAUGCUGAGCCACGCUCACCAGUGGGUCACGGCCCUGCCCCACGCCGCCGCCGCCGCCGCCGCUGCCGCAGCCGCCGCCGUGGAAGCGGGCUCGCCCUGGUCCAGCAGCGCCGUGGGCAUGGCCGGCAGCCCCCAGCAGCCGCCGCCGCCGCCGCCGCCGCCACCCCCGCAGGGCCCCGACGUGAAAGGCGGCGCCGGGCGAGACGACCUGCACUCGGGCACCGCGCUGCACCACCGGGGGCCGCCCCACCUUGGCCCCCCACCGCCACCGCCCCCCCACCAGGGCCACCCGGGCGGCUGGGGCGCCGCCGCCGCCGCUGCUGCCGCCGCAGCCGCUGCCGCUGCAGCCGCGCACCUCCCGUCCAUGGCCGGGGGCCAGCAGCCGCCACCGCAGUCUCUGCUCUACUCACAGCCCGGGGGCUUCACGGUGAACGGGAUGCUAAGCGCCCCCCCGGGGCCCGGAGGGGGCGGUGGGGGAGGCGGCGGCGGCCAAAGCUUGGUGCACCCUGGGCUGGUGCGCGGGGACACGCCGGAGCUGAGCGAGCACCACCAUCACCACCACCACCACCCGCACCCGCCGCACCCGUCGCACCCACACCACCCGCAGGGACCCCCUCACCACGGUGGGGGCGGAGGCGGCGGGGGAGGCCCGGGACUAAACAGCCACGACCCGCACUCGGACGAGGACACGCCGACCUCGGACGACCUGGAGCAGUUCGCCAAGCAGUUUAAACAGCGGCGGAUCAAGCUGGGAUUCACGCAGGCAGACGUGGGGCUGGCCUUGGGCACCCUGUACGGGAACGUGUUCUCGCAGACCACCAUCUGCCGCUUCGAGGCCCUUCAGCUGAGCUUCAAAAAUAUGUGCAAGCUGAAGCCGCUGCUGAACAAGUGGCUGGAGGAGGCCGACUCGUCCACCGGCAGCCCCACCAGCAUCGACAAGAUCGCCGCCCAGGGCAGAAAGAGGAAGAAGCGGACCUCCAUCGAGGUGAGCGUCAAAGGGGCCCUGGAGAGUCACUUCCUCAAGUGCCCCAAGCCCUCGGCGCAGGAGAUCACCAACCUGGCGGACAGCCUGCAGCUGGAGAAGGAGGUGGUGAGAGUCUGGUUCUGCAACCGGCGGCAGAAAGAGAAGCGGAUGACACCCCCGGGGAUCCAGCAGCAGACGCCCGACGAUGUCUACUCGCAGGUCGGCAACGUGAACGCGGACACGCCACCCCCACACCACGGACUGCAGACUAGCGUGCAGUGAA